AGUGUUUUUAUUUUAGUUCGUUUUACUGUUAACAAUACUGGUCGACUUAUUUGUAAACGCAACUUAGCAAAUUUAAUUUUCGAUAAAAUUUCAUUAAUAUAAUUAAAUGUUAAAUCAUUUUAAUCUAAUGUGAUUUCUGACAAAAUGGGAGAAAUUGAAGUAAAUUAUGGCUCUACAUUACCUACUGAAUCCCUGAAAGUUAUUGCUGAAAGUGUUGGUAUUGGAAAUUUAUCUGAUGAUGCAGCCAAAGAAAUUUCUGAUUCUGCUACAUACCGUCUUAAAUUAGUGUUACAAGAGAGUAAAAAAUUUAUGAUGCAUUCUAACAGAUGCAAGCUUUUACCAACAGACAUUGAUAAUGCUCUGAAAGUACUUGGUAUAGAGCCCAUAUAUGGAUUCCAUUCUAAAGAACAUGUACCCUUCAGAUAUGCUUCUGGUGGAGGAAGAGAAUUACAUUUCAUAGAUGAUAAAGAUAUAGACCUUAUUGAAUUUGUAAAUGCACCUCUUGCUAAAUUACCAUUAGACAUCAGCUUACGAUGCCAUUGGCUUGCAAUUGAUGGAGUACAACCGUCUAUUCCUGAAAAUCCUCCAUCAGUAUCUAAGGAUGCUCAAAAAAUCGAAUGUGUUGAUCCCCUUAAUAAAUUAAAAAAACCUAUUGAUAAAGAAGUCUCAGGUCGUCCAACAACAGGAAAAGCCCAAAAACUCCGUAAUGUUGAAACUGUUCAUGUAAAACAAUUAGCUACUCAUGAGUUAUCAGUUGAACAGCAGCUUUAUUAUAAGGAAAUUACAGAAGCCUGUGUUGGAUCAGAUGAAGCUCGCCGUGCUGAAGCUCUUCAAAGUUUAGCAACAGAUCCAGGACUUCAUGAAAUGUUACCUCGUAUGUGCACUUUUAUUGCUGAAGGUGUUAAAGUGAAUGUAGUUCAAAAUAAUCUGGCGUUACUUAUUUAUCUUAUGAGAAUGGUCAAAGCUUUAUUAGAUAACCCUGCACUUUAUUUGGAAAAAUAUUUGCAUGAAAUUAUACCAUCAGUUGUUACAUGUGUUGUAAGCAAGCAAUUAUGCAUGAGACCAGAAAUUGAUAAUCAUUGGGCACUAAGAGAUUUUGCUGCUCGUCUUAUGGCUCAAAUUUGCAAAACAUUUAAUACACCAACUAAUAACAUACAAACUCGUAUUACGAGAGUAUUUACUAAUGCAACUAACUCGGAUAAAACUGCACUACCAUCAGUUUAUGGAGCUUUAGAAGGUUUAGCAGAAUUAGGGACAGAAACUAUUAAAGUAUUUGUUAUUCCUAGAGUUCGUAUGAUAUCUGAUAGAAUAGAUUCACCUGAAGUAUCACAAAACAAUGUUGAUAGAAUAUCUGGAAAUCAAAUUAAACAUUUAUUAUGUAAAAUAUUAACACCGGUAUUGAAAACAACACAUCAACCACCAGAUGUAUUGGAAGAUUACAAAACAGAGUUUGGGUCAGUUGGUGUACAAUUACAUACUGCUGUUACUAAAGCUCGGGCUACUUCAGUAACUCAAAAUUCAAGUAGUUCUACUCUCACACAAACCAAUCCAUCGCCUAAAUCAGCUAUUGGCCGACCAGUAGCUACAACAACAAGUAAUACAGGUGGUGGACCUCAAAAAUAUGUGUUAAUGUCACAAAGACCUAAUAAUACUCCAAACUCAUCUAACAAAAAUACUCACGUAUCUCAUCAGAAUGUUAAAUCUGAAUUUCAAGAUCCAAAUAAUCAAGCUUAGUCAAUGUAGUAAUAUUAAAAGAAGUUUAAUUUUGAUGCAGUUAACUUUAUUUGAAUAAAGAAAUAAAUAAUUAUUUAUCUUUGCUAAUAGUUGUAAAUAAUCAUCAAUAUUUAAAUAUGAUAAUAAAAUUAAAUCUCAUGUAUUCGAUUA